AAUCCCUUUCGCAUCAUACGCGGCAGGAUUUUCUCGGAUCGGAGUACGCUACAAUUCAAAACGAGACGUCUCUGUUUAUGUUCAACACACCUCCAACAUAUUAUUCUGCUGUCUGCACGGAGAGCGAAGCAUUAAAAAAAACAUUUGGGGGAAUGUAACUUUGUACAGGAAGAAAGCUAACACGAACGCGUCGUAUGAUUGGCCAUUCUGACUUUUUUUUGUAUCAAACAUUGAGAUUUGUUGACAAAUUGCCUUUGUUAGCUGGUAAACAAGCGAACUCAACGAACUUGGUCGGAAGCGGCGGGUGGUAGAUGGUUGUCACCCGCUCACUGAGUGGUGUGUCUCGGCAGGAGGAGCGCAUCGACUCCGCUGGUUGCAGCGGCGACAACCAACAGGCACAUGCAGGAUGAGGAGGCGGAGCUGAAGCUCAGCUGACCCCACCCAUUUAGUGUGACCUCCCUCCUACCCUCACCCAUCCAGCCAGCCGGGCCCAUGUUCUCUCCAGAGCAGGAAAAUAUCUCCCCCUCCUCCACCUCGUCCUCCAAAGUGCCAGUGAAAUAUGGAGAGCUCAUGGUGCUGGGGUACAAUGGCUCUCUACCCAACGGUGAUCGAGGCAGGAGGAAAAGCCGCUUCAGUCUGUCUAAGAGACCCAAGGCUAAUGGGGUCAAACCCAGCACAGUGCACGCUGCCUGCACCGCACAGGCAGCUAAGGCUAUCAGCAACAAGGACCAACACAGCAUCUCCUACACGUUAUCCAGAGGUCAGACGGUGGUGGUGGAAUAUACUCAUGAUAACAACACAGACAUGUUCCAGAUUGGUCGUUCCACAGAGAGCCCUAUAGACUUUGUGGUCACCGACACGGUGGCAGGGAGCCAGAGUAACUCAGACACCCAGUCGGUCCAGAGCACCAUCUCUCGCUUCGCCUGCCGUGUCAUGUGUCAGAGGACGCCCCCCUACACCGCACGCAUCUACGCUGCCGGCUUCGACAGCUCCAAGAACAUCUUCCUAGGGGAGAAGGCAGCUAAAUGGAAGACGUGUGACGGUCAGAUGGACGGGCUGACCACCAACGGCGUGCUGGUGAUGCACCCUCGCCACGGCUUCACGGAGGAUUCCAAACCGGGCGUCUGGAGAGAGAUCUCUGUCUGCGGUAGCGUCUUCACCCUCCGAGAGACCCGCUCCGCUCAGCAGCGGGGCAAGAUG